AUGACCGGGAAUGAAAAGCUGAGGAAGGAAAAUCAAUCUUUACGAAAUGAGAUAGCUGAACUGAAAGAAAAACUCCAGAAAAUUUCCGAAGAAUUUUCGUCAAAGAAAGCGGAGCUGACGAAGCCGGACGCCGAGAAGAAAAUGUCGUCAGAAGGUGCUCAUUCGCUUGAAUUCGUCUCCAGUAAAUAUGACGACCUUGUCGCCUUCAAAGACGAAGCGGUGAAGCAAUUUAAUCAACUGUUUACUAGAGUCGCCGAAAUCUCCAUUCUCUGCGACCGAAUUGCUAAAUCCAUUGACAGUCUUGAAGCUUACAGUUACCAGUUUAAUGUCAAAAUUGUUGGUAUGCCAGCUACAACGCAAAAUGAAACCUCCGAUCAAACUGUAGCUCUCUGCCUUAGGCUGUUUGAAGCCCUUGGAGUUGAAGAUGUUUCCCUUAACGACAUCGAUAUUGCUCAUCGGAUACCGAGCCGUUCUGCCUGGAACAGGCCGAAUGCUAUCGUUUGCAAAUUUACUCGAAGACCGGCUAAGGGAAAAGUUAUGGCUGCGCGAAGGAGAUUGGAGAAGCUCGAGGCGUCACAGUUAGGCUUCCCUGACGAUUUUGAUAUCAGUCAUAUUAACUUGUAUGAUCAUCUAACUCCUCGACUACAGGAGCUUCUCUUCGAGAGCAAGAAAUACAAGAACGCCAAUCACUUCAAAUUCUGUUGGGCGAAAAACGGAGCUGUCUGUCUGCGCAAAACGGAAACAUCAACAGUCAUAAAGCUAACAAGCCUAGACGAAUUAAAUGAACUGAGGGAGUCACGAUAA